UAGAAACCGCAGCACAUGGUCAACGUCUGGCAUCUCUGUUGUGCGCAACUGAAAGAUGAGCUGGGCGAAGUGGUGGCCGAGAUGGAAGCGAUGGAGGGCGGUGGUCUCGCGGCCGACGAGACCAAGCCGUCGAACAAGGCGAAACAGACGUCUAUCGGCCGUAAGAAGUUCAACAUGGACCCUAAGAAGGGAAUCGAGUACCUGAUCGAGCACAAUCUGCUGGCCCCGACGCCCGAGGACGUCGCCCAGUUCCUUUACAAGGGCGAGGGCCUGAACAAAACCGCGAUCGGCGACUACCUGGGCGAACGACACGACUUCAACGAGAGGGUGUUGCGAGCGUUCGUCGAACUGCACGAUUUUACAGACCUGAUCCUGGUACAAGCUCUUCGACAGUUCCUCUGGUCGUUCAGAUUACCCGGUGAGGCGCAGAAGAUCGACCGGAUGAUGGAGUGUUUCGCGCAAAGGUACUGCCAGUUGAACCCGAAUAUAUUCACCAACACGGACACCUGUUACGUGCUCAGCUUCGCCAUCAUUAUGUUGAACACGUCGCUGCACAAUCCGAGCGUCAAGGAUAAGCCCAGCGUGGAACAGUUCAUUUCCAUGAACCGUGGCAUCAACAAUGGCGGCGACCUACCUCGCGAACUCCUUGUGAGCUUAUACGAAAGUAUAAAGACGGAACCGUUCAAGAUACCGGAAGACGACGGGAACGAUCUGAUGCACACGUUCUUCAACCCUGACAAGGAAGGCUGGCUCUGGAAGCAAGCAGGCGGACGCUACAAGAGCUGGAAGAGACGGUGGUUCAUAUUAAACGACAACUGUCUGUAUUACUUCGAGUACACGACCGACAAGGAGCCACGAGGCAUCAUUCCGCUGGAAAACAUUCAGGUCAGAGAGGUGCAGGAUCGGCACAAGCCGCAUUGCUUCGAGCUAUACGCCGCUGGCUCAGAGUUCAUCAAAGCGUGCAAGACGGACAGCGAGGGAAAAGUUGUCGAAGGCAAACACACUGUGUACAGAAUGUCUGCGGCCACGGACGAAGAGAAAGAAGAAUGGAUCAAAUGCGUGCGGCAAAGCAUAUCGCACAAUCCCUUCUACGACAUGCUUGCAGCCAGGAAAAAGAAGGCGCAAAAGACAAAUGUACAUUCGAAGAGUUAAACUUUACCAUGGACACAGCUUCUAGAGAAGCCUGGCGAGACACAAGACUGUCUAUUCACGAGCCUACGUUCCUAUCAGGAUCGUGAAAUACAAUCAAACUAAUCUGUACGGAGGUCCAUCCGACUGCGCUGAUCUAGCAGAAGAUAUACAGAUGUUUGCUUCACCUGUUGAUGAAUGUUCGUCAACGUAGUUUAAGCGACACGCAAGACACAGGGACAAAUACGAAAGGAAGGGGAAAACGAUGCUAUUGAUUGAGGAUCGUUCGACAUUAUGUUUUGUAUAAGAAUUUACGCUGCGUUUUAGGGGCCUAGAUGUGUAUUAUUUAAACAGAUUUCGACGAUAGACACGAAACGUUUCCCUAAAAGAUGAACGAGUAGAGAGAGAGAAAGAGAGAGAGAGAGAGAAAGGGAGAGAGAGAGAGAGAGAGAGAGAGUGAGAGUGA